UUGGCAGGUGGGGAGCGGCGGGGAGGAACCGAGGACGGAGGGAGGAGGAGGACGGCGGCGCCAGAGCAGAGCAGCGCAGUGGAGGUUCAGCAGCCUUGCGCCGGCCUUGGUGUCUCUCCUCUAAACUCCUCUGCGCUCCUUCACUGUGGCUAAGCUGGGGUGGCGGCGGCGGCGCCGCAAUCCAUUGCAACCCGCCGCAGCUCCACCUCCGUACCUGUCGCCACGGCGGCUUCAGAGGCAGCGCUCCCAGCCCCACCGCUGACGCCUCCCCCUCGACUUUCAGAUGUCUUUUGAUAUCACAGAAAAGGAUUGCCCCUGCUUUCUCUGGUGUGGAUGCCACGGACGCUUCAGGCGCCCCACAAUAUUUCGACAUUGGACUUAAUACUUGGCAAUCUUUGUUGUACUGCACGUUGCAGAUUUCACUACCUUGCUGCUUCAACCAAGGACGUUUCUUCUUUUCUAACUACAACCAGACCUUUUCCUUCUUCAUUUCCAAUUUUGUAUCUCUUUAUUAUCUAUUCUAUAUCUUACUACUAAAAGAGGACCGCAAUAUUCUCCCUAUGGCCAAGACAUCGCUUCCUCCUGGAUUCCGGUUUCACCCAACUGAUGUGGAACUCACCGUCUACUAUUUAAAGAGGAAGUUGUUGGGAAAACAUUUACGCUGCAAUGCUAUUACAGAGAUUGAUCUAUACAAGUUUGCUCCUUGGGAUCUUCCAGAGAAAGCUUCCUUGGAGAGUAAUGAUCUAGUGUGGUAUUUCUUUUGCCCACGCGAUAGGAAAUAUUCUAGUGGGUUAAGAACUAACCGAUCAACCGGAGUCGGAUAUUGGAAAGCUACUGGGAAGGACAGGCCGGUGUUUUAUAAUUCUAGAACUGUUGGGAUGAAGAGAACUUUGGUGUUUCAUCUUGGCAAGCCACCACGGGGUGAUAGAACUGACUGGGUAAUGUAUGAAUAUAGGCUGGAGGAUGAGGAACUAGUUGCUUCUGGUGUUAAGCUGGAUGCCUGCGUUCUUUGCAAAAUUUUUCAGAAAAGUGGUCCAGGACCCAAGAUUGGGGCACAAUAUGGUGCUCCAUUCAAUGAAGAGGACUGGAAUGAUGCCAGCAAUGCGGAGUGUUCACCAUUUGCAUCUUCUAAGGCCCCUUGUGCACCUGAAUCAAGUCAUGGUGGGUUGAACUCUGCUGGUCAACACCUGGCUGUGAGUUAUGAUGACAAGGUUUCUUUGCCCCUCUUGUCAGAAAGCAACAACGAACAUGCUGUCAAUCAUGUUCAUCCUUAUAGACCUUCUUCCAAUAUACCUAUCGAUAGCAUACACAUACAGCUGCUAGCUGAGAUCAUCAGAUGUCCCUCAACAAAUCUUCGAUGUACUGCUGCUGAAGAUGGUUCACUGCCUGAUUCAACUGCUGGUCAUGAUGAUGAUGGAGAAUCAGGGGAUGAUAUUGAAACAAUAUUCUGUGGAGUGGAUGAGCUUGCGUCUCAGCCUUUGGUGAACAACUCUAACCAUUGUGACUCGUGUGAACACUUGAUUCACCGUAUGCCGGAAGCACGAGGAACUGAACAAUACUUGGAGCUAAAUGACCUAUCCUUUUCUCUUGCUGAGGGCCCUGAUUCCCGUGGCAUGCUGUUGUCCAAUGAAAUAUCUGUUGAGCAACCGCUUGAUCUUGAGCCCAGGUUUGAGCGAGACUCUUUGGGCUGCAUCUCCAAUACUGUUAAUACUUCCACAUCGACAGCUGAUGGUUCAUUUCCUUCAGCGUGCGCGGUUGAUGUGCAUGGAACCUGAUUCAGAGUGAGUUGUCAAAGCUCGCAUUUUAGUGGAGUCUUUUCAAUGAAGUGAGCACUAUGCUGUUGAGAAUUCGGGACAUGAAGGCAGGUCCCCAGCUGACACCAUGAGUCAUCUUUGUUAUGCAGCUACUGGUUGAAUAGCCUCAACCCAGGAGCAUUCCUCUGUCAUCCCUAGUCCCGCACCGUGGCAAUGGGCUCGGCAUGAAUAAUGCACUCCUAAUGUAAUUUUUCAUCUUUUAGCUAGAGUGGGGUACCUGCAGCUGUUGUGAUGUAGUAACAUGUGCUGGUUUCGUUUCAUGGAAUGGAUUUGUUAGCAACUUUUGCAGUCGUACUCUCAGCUGCUGGAUGAACUUUUAGCAAGCGCAGUGGAGUAGAAAAUAAAUAUGUAUAUU